AUGUCUACCACCAGCACCAGCAAAAGCGACACUAAGAGCCAACAUGGAACAACAACAAAAAGAAUACGGAUACUAGGCAAUGCAAUCGUUGCAGUUGCUCUCAUUGCUUUCACGAACAGUACUCGAGUAAAUUUGCAAGAGUUUCUUACUGAUGUUUUAGAAGCGUUUGAAGAGGAACCCAACAAUGGUCAACUGUACAACAGCAGAAAGUUGGAUAUCACUACUGACGACGCCGCAAUAAACUGCAUCGGAAAAAAGAAUGUUGGUGAUGAUGGCCUGAUUACUAUUCCCUUGCAAACCAUCACAAACGGUGACGACUACCCAAUCGAGUGCCCUGCACCGUUGACUCCAAUCUACAACUACAUUCCCAAUCGUACUGCUCUCGCCAACAACGAAACCAGUCUACCAGCACCGAGACGCAUUCCCCGAAUCAUCCACAUGAGUAUGAAGUCGAGGUGCGCUCCUCAAGAUUUGGUAGAAACGUUUGAACGUUGGAAGCAUCAAUUUCCAUUUCAUGAAAUCUACUUUCACGAUGAUAAAGCCGUCGAUGCUCUUCUAGACGCCUAUGAUUGGCACGAAUUUCCUCAUUUGACCAAAAUGAUGCGUUGCGUCAAAUUCAAGGGCGCCAUGAAGAUUGAUGUUUGGCGCAUGCUGGUCGUGUACAAGUACGGAGGUAUCUACACGGAUGUUGACAAUCGACCUUCGGAUGCCUUGAACGAACAUUCACCCAUCAAAGUCGACGACGAUGCGUUUUUCUUGAGCGAUGGUUGGAACCGACCGAGCCAGUGGUUCUUUGCAAUGACACCCAAGCAUCCCAUUGCGUACUUUACAGUUCAUGAGAUUCUGUCGCGUCUGCAUGCCUUGGAAAACAUUGGCAAUCCAAAGGUGGUGUUUGUCACAGGACCAGAUGCAUUGAAGCAUGGUUACGGACAAGCCAUGUUGUGGGGCGUAGAUGAGAAGCGCAACAAAAAACAAGACAUUUAUGCGGAAGGACUCCACGUAGGUAUCCAAAACUUCACAGCAUCCAAAAGGAGAAACGGGGAUGACUACAUGAUUCCGCAAGCCAUGGAAGAAAUGGUCCAGUACAAUGGCACAAACAUGACGAAGAAGCAACGAAUGCACGCCGAAAGUGGAAUCCCUUACUGGCAAAAGGAAGACAGAAGCCACGUCUUUCGUGGAACUUGCAUGCAGUUGCUGUACGCUCUGGAUCAUGCCCAAAAAGCAUCCACGGAAAGAAACCAAACCAGCCACUCCGAUCAAAAUGAGGAGCUCCUGGAGAGAAAGAAACGCUGGUAG